GAUUAUCUAGUGAGACGGACACACUAGCCUAAGAGCCGGGAAGCGGCUCGCGCAGCGCCAGCUCAGCUAGUGAUCAAUACGAGCUGCGAACGAGUCAAACACGAUAGCUGCGCGACAGGCCAGCGCGGCAGACUGCAUCUGUCAGGACGCCAGAGCGCAAAAACACCAGUGAGGCCUGCACCAGCUUUACGAUCGAUUACUCGAGCUGCCGCGCGCAAAAAUCUUUGCCAACGCGCUAACGCAAACGAGCAAAUGGGCCGCCGCUGGGUGAGGAGAAAAAAACAGAAGACGGAGCAGCCGGCGCACAACUCGUUGGUCGCCGGCUACGGGAGCUCCGACGACGACGAGAGCGACGGCGAGGCCGCGAGUCCGUGGGAGAAGCACGUCGACGCGGCGACGGGCAAGCCCUACUGGCACGACCCCGCGACCAAGCGGACGACGUGGGACGACCCCUCGCCCGCGCCCGCGCCGGAGCCGGAGCCUGAGCCCGAGCCCGAGCCGGCGCCAGCGGCCGCGCCGGCGCCACCCCCGGCCCUCGCGCCGCUGCUGCCCGUCUUUCGAGCCCUCGAAAGCGAGCUCGACGGGAUCAGCGCCAGGACCGGCAAGUCGCCCUUUGCCCUCGACGCGGCGGCGCGCGCGCGGCUCGCCUUCGCGUCGUCGAGCACCGCCGAGCCCGUCGCCGUGCAAGCCAAGGCGCUCUCCGAGGCCUGCCUCGCGGCGCGCGCGGCGUGCGAGGGCCGGGACGAUCUCCUGGGCGCGGUCGCGCUCGGCGCCGUCGUCGCGCGCUACGCCGACUGGCACGGCGGCGCGCUGAGCGACGACGCGUUCGCGCGGCGGCUCCGCGCCAUGGCCGACGCGCUCGCGCCGGCCCCCGCGCCGGCGCCCGCCGCGCGGGCGUCGCGCUUCGACGUGCCGCCCGCGGAGGCCCCCGCGCCGGCGCCUGCGCCCGUAGCGGCGGCCGCCGACGGCGAGGACGCCGCGCCGCCGCCGCUGCCCGCGGGCUGGGCCGCGACGUGGGACGCGCAGCAGGGCUGCGUCUACUACUACAACGAGAGCAGCGGCGAGACGUCGUGGGCGCGGCCGACGUAG